CCACAUAUAUAUCCUGUCUCUCUGUUUCUGUAGAGUAGCUUGUUUAGAAAUGGCAAAAACACGUUUUAUCUUCACGUUCCUACUCUUUCUCCUUCCCAUUACUUCACCUUCCUCCACCGACUCCUUUGUCUUCUUUGGCUGCACUCAACAAAAAUACUUACCAGACUCACCUUACGAGUCAAACAUCAACUCAUUACUGACUUCUCUUGUCAACUCAGCCACUUAUUCUUCCUACAACAACUACACCAUCAUGGGCUCCAGCCCACAAGACGUCGUCUACGGCCUUUUCCAAUGCCGUGGUGACCUUUCAAUGCCAGAUUGCGCCACCUGCGUAGCCAAAGCAGUGAGUCAACUCGGUGGUUUAUGCUCUGAAACUUGCGGCGGAGCACUUCAGCUUCAAGGCUGUUACGUUAAGUAUGAUAAUGCUACGUUUUUAGGCGUUGAGGAUAAGACUGUUGUUUUAAAAAAAUGUGGGCCCUCUAUUGGGUAUGAUACGGCUGCGAUGAGUAUUAGAGAUGCUGUAUUUUCGGGCCUGCUUAGGACCGGCGCGCCAUAUCGGGCUGGCGGGUCUGGAGAGGUUCAGGGUUUGGCCCAAUGUGUCGGAGAUUUGAGCGUCGAAGAAUGUCAGGAUUGUUUGACGGAGGCUAUUACACGGUUGAAAGGUGACUGUGGUACGGCGGUUUACGGUGAUAUGUUCUUGGCUAAGUGUUAUGCCAGGUAUUCUACAGGGGGUGCUCAUUCUUUUACCAAGAAUCAUAGUGAUAAAUCUGUCAAUGAGGGUGAGAAGACAUUUGCAAUUAUCAUUGGACUAUUGGCUGGAGUGGCUUUAGUAAUUAUUUUCCUCAUGUUCUUAAGAAAGGUGUUUGGAGGAAAUGGUAAAUAAAGUUUGGAAUAUUUUCAAACACAAAGGCAUAGCCCUCACCAGUACUCCACCUUCUCAAGUGAUUUACUAUUCUUCUUUUUUGAUUCAAGAUGUUAACUUUUCUCCUUUGUGCCCUAGUUAAGAUUUUUUUUUUUUUUUUUUUUUUUUUUUUUUUUUUUUUUUUUUUU